GGUCUCCCCCCCUUUCUAUAAAAAAAGACUCGCUGCCACGAAAAGGAGGAGGGGGCAGCGGAAGGCACCGGAGAGAAUUUAAAGGACAGUUUUCCCUCCCUUUGUUGAAUGAGAAGAACGGGGCCGGAUCAUCAUGAGCACCAGCACAGUUCCUUUCCAGCAAAACCCAUACAACCCUGGGGGCCGUCCCACCAUCAUCCACUGUUAUCGCUGCGGAGAUACGUGUAAAGGGGAGGUGGUGCGUGUCCAGAGCAAUCACUUCCACAUCAGAUGCUUCACCUGCCAAGUGUGUGGCUGUGACCUAGCUCAGUCCGGCUUCUUCUUUAAAAAUGGGGAAUACAUCUGCACCCAUGACUACCAGAAGCUCUAUGGCACACGUUGCGAUAGCUGCCAAGACUUCAUCACAGGAGAGGUGAUCUCAGCUUUGGGCCGGACCUACCACCCAAAGUGCUUUGUCUGCAGCAUGUGCAGGAAGCCGUUCCCCAUUGGAGACAAAGUCACAUUCAGUGGCAAGGACUGUGUUUGCCAAACCUGCUCCCAUUCACUGAUCAGCAACAAACCCAUCAAGAUUCAUGGACCAAGCCAAUGUGCAGGUUGCAAGGAGGAGAUCAAGCAAGGUCAGUCUCUCCUGGCCCUGGAGAAACAGUGGCAUGUCAGCUGCUUCAAGUGCCAAACCUGUGGGAUUGUCCUGACUGGAGAAUACAUCAGCAAGGAUGGCAUUCCGUACUGUGAAUCUGACUACCAUGCCCAAUUUGGCAUUAAAUGUGAGACCUGCAACCGGUACAUCAGUGGCAGAGUCCUGGAGGCAGGAGGGAAGCAUUAUCACCCCACUUGUGCCAGAUGUGUGCGUUGUCACCAGAUGUUCACAGAAGGGGAAGAGAUGUACCUCACAGGUUCAGAAGUGUGGCAUCCUAUCUGCAAACAAGCAGCACGAGCAGAAAAAAAGUUAAAGCACAGAAGAACUUCAGAAACAUCCAUCUCCCCACCUGGCUCAAGCAUUGGUUCCCCCAACAGAGUCAUCUGUGCUAAAGUGGAUAAUGAGAUCCUUAAUUACAAAGACCUGGCCGCUCUUCCCAAGAUUAAAGCCAUCUACGAGGUGCAGCGCCCUGACCUCAUUUCCUAUGAGCCCUAUCACAGAUACACAUCGGACGAGACGCUGGAGAGAUAUAGCUAUGGGGAGUCUCUUGGAACACUCUCUCCGUAUUCUCAGGAUAUUUAUGAAAGCAUGGACAUCCGACAGAGGCGAGCCUCCAGCCCCGGCUACAUCGACUCCCCCACCUACAGCCGCCAAGGCAUGUCCCCCACCAUCCCACGCUCACCGCACCAUUAUUAUCGCUCAGGAACAGAGAGCGGGCGCAGCUCCCCCUACUAUAGCCAGUUAGAUGUGAGGUCUUCUACACCAACCUCAUACCAAGCUCCUAAGCAUUUCCACAUUCCAGCUGCUGCAGAGAGUAACAUCUACCGGAAACCCCCCAUCUAUAAAAGACACGAUACCCUAUCUGCAGCCACAAAAAGCAAAACCAGCGAGGAUAUUGCCCAGAGCUCCAAAUAUAGCCCAGCCUACUCUCCAGAUCCAUAUUACCACUCCGAAACGGAAUACUGGACCUUUCAAGGCUCACCUAAAGCACCACGAGUUCGGAGGUUCUCAUCAGGAGGAGAAGAAGAUGGGUUUGAUCGAGGGAUGCAUAAGCUCCAGACUGGCAUUGGCAGAUUGAUACUGAAGGAAGAAAUGAAGGCACGAUCCAAUUCCUAUGCCGACCCCUGGACUCCUCCCCGCAGCUCGGCAGGCAGUAGAGAAGCUCUUCACACGGCCGGCUAUGAAAGCUCCUUAAAUGGCUCACCCCGUUCACAUUACCUGGCUGACAGUGAUCCCCUCAUUUCAAAAUCUGCCUCUCUUCCUGCUUACAGAAGGAAUGGGCUGCACAGGCCUCCCAGCGCUGAACUCUUCCACUACGACAGCACGAAUGCCGUUAACUGGGGGAUGCGAGAAUACAAGAUAUACCCUUACGAGCUGCUUCUGGUAACCACAAGGGGGAGAAACCGCUUGCCUAAAGAUGUGGACAGGACUAGGCUAGAGCCGGUGACACCAAGGGAUCCCUACUCUACCUCACAAUUGGAGAUACAGAGAAAUGGGAUUUAUGGCUCGCCACCUGUCGCCAGAGGAGUUUUACCAGGUGUUUGGCAUGACCAUCGCUGAAUUCGAUCGCCUGGCCUUGUGGAAGAGGAACGAGCUGAAGAAGCAGGCCCGGCUAUUUUAAACAAACGAACAAACACCGUACAUUAUAAAUAAAUAUAUAUAUAUAUGUAUAUACAUACCUAUAAAUAUAUACAUAUAUAUAAUUAUAUUAUAUAUAUCUAUAUAUAGAAAGAUCUCUAUAUUGAAACUCUGUAUAACUCUUUUUGUUGUACAGUGGGAGCCCUGGCUGCUCUCUUUGGAAGCCUGUAGUGUGAACUGAAGACUCACAGAUAUUUUUAUGCUCUCUCUUUUAUGCUCUUUCCU